AUGUUUGACGUGAACGAGCCUUCCAGUAGCAACAAAAGGGACACCGAGUCUCAGAAAAAGUCGGACGAUAACAUGUCCUGCUAUAAUAGUCGGGAGAGCAUGCACAAUUUCGGCAAGGGUGGAAAAGGGAGUGCCUACUGCUCUGGCGAAAGGGGCAGCACGGGGCACUUUAAGUUGGACGGCGGGUUUGAGGACGACGAUGAGGAUGACGAUGCUAAGGGGAUCGGCAAGGGGAUCGGCAAGGGGAUCGGCAAGGGGAUCGGCAAGGGGAGCAGUAAUGGAAGUAGCAAAGGCAGCAGUGAUGGAAGCAACAAAGGCAGCAGUAAUGGAAGUAGCAAAGACAGCAGCAAAGGCAGCAGCAAAGGCAGCAGCAAUGACAAAGGUAGUGGCAACGGCAACGGUAACAUUGGUGACUACUUUGGAGGGAGGGAGGACCUGUACAGCAAAGGCGCAGGCAAAAAAAAGGAAAAGGAAAAAAAACUAAUCCGUAACGGUAGCGAGUUCUUUUUAAGCGAGGACGAGAUGAGAAGCAGCAACAUGAGCAUCGAUAUGAGCAGCGAGCUGCGGAAGGUCCAAACCAAAGUGUGCGUGAACAGAAACAAAACAAAAAAAAAUGGACAAGAAAAAAAUGCCAAGGAAGGGAUGAGGACGUACAAGCCGCAGGGUAUCUGCCCUCUGCAGGAUAACACUUUUGGUGGCAAUAAGAGCUUCAACCAAUCGCUCAACUUGACGAAGAACGAUAUUAUGUAUUACUGCGAGGGGGGGAGGAUGCUGAAAAGGGACUUUGCGGAGGGGGCGGUGAGUAAAUCUGCGUUGAAGUUAAGUAUGGCUGGAGGGGCGCACGUAAGCGGUGGGACACACGUAAGUGGUGGGACACACAUGAGCGGUGGGACACACGUAAGCGGUGGGACACACAUGAGCGGUGGGACACACGUAAGCGGUGGGACACACAUGAGCGGUGGGACACACGUAAGCGGUGGGACACACGUAAGCGGUGGGACGCACAUGAGCGGUGGGACGCACAUGAGUGUCGGAACACACAUGAGUGUCGGGACGCACGCCAGCAGCACAACCUACCACGAGGAGGGUCCUUUCUUCAAGCCCGCGAAGCUGCGCAGCGAUCGGGAGAAGGCUCCAAGGAACCCAAGUCUGGGUUGCAGCUUGAAGAAGGCGACCAGGAGCAGCGGCGCUGUUAGCGGUGAGGAGUUCGGUAACGACGGAGGUAACAACUUUGGUGAGGACUGCCGUGACGACUUCCGUGAAGACUUCCGUGAAGACUUCCGUGAAGACUUCCGUGACGACUUCCGUGACAACCGGGGAGGACUCCUUUUCGCCGAAGUGACCAAACGGACCAUCGAAGCUAAAGGAAAGUGUAUCAAUAACAACACAAAGAUAAAGAUAAAACGGCUGUGUGAAAAAAUUGAGGGAUUUGAAAAGGAAAUAAAAAACGAAAUUCUACAAAAGAAAAAUGUGGAGAAAGAAAAAAUUUUUGUGAUUAGGGAAGCGAUUAAUAAACUAGAAAAAAAUUUAAACAACGAAAUAAAAAAACGAAUCGAACACAACCGAGCUAUUCAGAACAUCUUUUCCUCGGAGAUACUAAAGGUACAGGAAAAAAUUGAGCAUGUGGUGAAGGACAAAGUGGGGGAAAUUGAAAAAGCCAUUAAAGCUCUGAACAGUAAGGUGGAUACCAUUGCUAGUAACAUAGAAAGUGAAAAAAUGAAGUGCAUCCAGAACUUGGAGAAAAGGAAUAACAGCAUUGCUCGUGACUUCUCCAAUCUGCAGGCCGCCUUUCAGCAGGACAAGGCGAGCAACAAGGAGAAGGAGAGCAGCAUUUGCAAGAAGCUGGAGGAGCUCGAGCGCAAGUCGGAGAGCCGGAUCGCCACGGAGAAGAACAUCCGAGACAGCAAAUACCAGGAAAUAAUUUCUUACAUCGAGGAAAUCAAACGAGAGAGGAAGGGGAAAAACGAGAACUUCCGAACAUUCGUUAUGGAGGAAAUAGCAACGAUGAAAAACGGACUGAUAUUGGAGUCGCAGGCACGCGAGGCAGCCGAUGAUGACAUCGUGCAGGCGGUGAACCACUACACGAAGGCGCUGCAGGACUCGCUGCGCCUGAUUAAUUCGAAUUAG